AUGGGAGUGGCAGACUCAUUUCAAUCAUCCAGUCUUCUGGUGAAGAUCACACUGAUUGUUGCGUUAGUCAGCAACCUGCUUAACUGGAUAUCCUUCACCACCACAUCCUGGGCCACCUAUUCAGGCCCAUUUGGCGCUGACUCGUACACCGGACUGUGGAGAUCUUGCGGAACCUUAGGUGGCUGCAGUCAGCUCGAUGGAAGUGGCAGCUCUAGAUUUAUCGCCAUCCAAGCGUUUGGUAUCUUUGGAUUCAUCAGUUUGAACGUAGCAGUCCUGCUUCUGGUGCUUUACAUAUUCUGGGGAAGUUGCAGAGGAAACGCCGAGGUCAAACUAGCAGCCGCCAUUCUCUUAUUUGUUUCUGUGGUCACCUGGCUCAUCGCAGUGAUUGUUUUUGGCGCUGAUUUUUACAAAGAUGUGAAGAACAACUACUCAGAUCUGGACUACUCUUUCGGACUGGCCAUCGUCAGCCUGCUGUUAUCGUUGGUGUGUGGAAUCCUCUUGGUCGUGGAUGGCAAUAGUUCGGUUGGCUCUAAGUAG